CAGCCGGACCCCUCAUCCGACGGUCCGUAUUUUUCUCACGAAAUAUCGGACGGUUCACAAUAAAAUACGCUUCUCGUCUCUAUUCCUCUGACUCCUUUAUAUAUGGCCAAGGACCCGACGGUGAGACUUUGAGAGCGAGCUCCUGGAGAGUCGAAGAAGGUAGCCAUGGAAACUGGGCGUGGAGUUCUUGCGAUCGCUGUUCUUUUUUCAAUCGUUUUGGUUUCUUCGGUUGUUUUGGCCGAGGGUGAUGGGUUAAUUAGGAUCGGAUUGAAGAAGAAACCGAUGGACGAGAACAGCCGGCUGGCCGCGAGGUUGGCGGAGAAGGAGGGGAAGCCCCUGGUGGCCGGAAAGUAUGGCCUUCGAGGCGGUCUCGACAACGGGGACGAGACCGACAUCAUAUCGCUCAAGAACUACAUGAACGCUCAGUACUUUGGGGAGAUUGGAAUCGGGACCCCGCCUCAGAAGUUUACCGUGAUUUUUGAUACCGGGAGCUCGAAUCUGUGGGUUCCUUCUUCCAAGUGCUACUUCUCAGUUCCUUGCUUUUUCCAUUCGAGAUAUAAGUCAAGCCGGUCAAGCACCUAUCAAAAGAAUGGAAAGUCUGCAGAUAUUCACUAUGGAACAGGAUCAAUUGCUGGUUUCUUUAGCCAAGACCAUGUUGCAGUUGGUGACCUUGCUGUCAAAGACCAGAUCUUUAUUGAAGCCACUAGGGAGCCAAGUGUCACUUUCUUAGUUGCAAAAUUUGAUGGCAUACUUGGACUUGGGUUUAAAGAAAUCUCAGUUGGGGAUGCAGUGCCUGUCUGGUACAACAUGGUUAAUCAAGGUCUUGUCAAGGAAGCCGUUUUCUCUUUCUGGUUUAACCGACAUGCAGAUGAAGGGGAGGGAGGUGAGAUUAUAUUUGGUGGAGUUGACUCAAAACAUUUUAAGGGUAAACACACGUAUGUCCCUGUGACUCAGAAAGGUUACUGGCAGUUUAACAUGGGAGAUGUCUAUAUUGGCAACCAAUCAACUGGGUUCUGCUCUGGAGGCUGUGCAGCAAUUGCUGAUUCUGGAACUUCUUUGGUUGCCGGUCCAACGACCAUUAUUGCAGAAAUUAAUCAAAAGAUUGGCGCUUCUGGUGUUGUUAGCCAAGAGUGCAAAGCUGUAGUUUCGCAAUAUGGGCAACAGAUUCUGGAUAUGUUGUUGUCUGAGACACAACCAGCAAAAAUUUGCUCUCGGAUUGGUCUGUGCGCCUUUGAUGGAACCCAUGGAGUUGGCAUUGGCAUUGAGAGUGUGGUGAAUGACAAUGGAGAUCUAUCAGCUGGUCUUCAGAGUGAUGCCAUGUGUACUUCUUGUGAGAUGGCAGUUGUAUGGAUGCAAAAUCAGCUGAAGCAGAAUGAGACACAGGAUCGCAUAUUGAACUAUAUCAAUGACCUAUGUGAGCGACUGCCUAGUCCCAUGGGUGAAUCCUCUGUGGAUUGUGCUAGCCUUGACUCCAUGCCCUCUAUUUCUUUCACUAUUGGUGGUAAAUCAUUUGAGCUCACACCAGAGCAGUACAUUCUGAAGGUUGGUGAGGGUGCUGCGGCGCAGUGCAUUAGUGGAUUCACAGCCUUGGAUGUACCUCCUCCUCGGGGUCCUCUGUGGAUUUUGGGAGACGUCUUUAUGGGAGUCUAUCAUACUGUGUUUGACUACGGGAAGAUGAGAGUUGGAUUUGCAGAGGCUGCAUGAGAAACAAAUGCCUGUUCUCUGUUAGACAUCUAAAAAGUUUCGAUUUCACGUAACAUUAUUAGUUUGCCUAUGUCCAUAUCUGGAUUAAGAUACAUAUAUAUAUAUAUAUGUAUAAUUGACUAUAUGAAGCUUUCUCCUCCAACUAUAUGAUCUAUACACCACAAG